AUGGCUAUGACACCUGAGUAUGACUACUUGUUCAAGUUGCUCUUGAUUGGUGAUUCGGGUGUUGGCAAAUCUUGCCUGCUACUGCGUUUUGCAGAUGACACCUACACAGAGAGUUACAUUAGUACGAUCGGCGUGGACUUCAAGAUUCGCACCCUCGAUUUGGAGGGCAAGACAGUAAAGUUGCAGAUCUGGGAUACGGCCGGGCAGGAGCGCUUUCGGACGAUCACGAGCAGCUACUACAGGGGUGCUCAUGGCAUCAUCGUGGUUUAUGAUGUCACAGACAAGGAGUCUUUCAACAAUGUCAAGCAUUGGAUGCAGGAGAUUGACAAAUACGCGGCCGAUGGUGUGAACAAGCUGUUGGUUGGCAACAAGUGUGAUCUUUCGUCGAAGAAGGUGGUCUCUUACGAUGAAGCGAAAGAGCUUGCAGAUUCCCUCGGGGUUCAGUUUAUGGAGACCAGUGCAAAGAACGCGCGCAAUGUGGAGCAGGCUUUUCAAAGCAUGGCCGGCGAGAUCAAGUGGCUUGGUUUGCAGACUGUGCACAUGCCGUUGAAUCGAUCGGACACGAUACAGCAGUUCGCACCCUGCGGAACUAACCAAAUGCUGCAGCCUGCCUUGCAUGGACUUCGAAGAAUCUCAGGGCGCCCAACUCGAAAGGUUUGGGAGAACUUCAUCUCUGAAUUUGGGGCAAACUUAGGCCUCCAAAAACACUAG